AUGUACGCGUACGUUGGAAGCCCUCUCCGCGAAAAGCUGGACUCAGACUGUGAUGUUGUGGUGGAGAAAUGUUUGGACAUUGUGGACGCAUCCACCGCGGGCGUUUUCCAGUCGGAUUAUUUCAUCAAGUUGGAGCGCAAAACGCUGGAGUUGAUUCUACAGCGCAGCACAUUGUCAGCGGAGGAGAAUGUCAUCUAUAUGGCUGUCGAAGAAUGGGCGAAGGCUGCCUGCCUUGGCAAGAAGGUAUCUGCUUCUGCAACCAAUCGGCGCCAAGCACUGGGUCCGGUAUUUUUCCUUAUCCGCUUUGCUUUGCUGACGGACGCUCAACUGACCAACGGACCGGUUAAGAGUGGUCUACUGAAUCUCAAAGAAAUGCGUAAAGUUUUGAUACAGAAGCAUGGAACAGAUGCCGACGCAUCCAAGGAAGGUCCGCUGGCUUUUUCUAAAGAGCCACGGAAGCUGGUGACGUGUCGUUUUCUAAUCAGAUACACGUAUAAGCUGAUGGAGAAGACUUUCGUGCUGUACACCGAAGGCAGUUAUUAUCCUGCCAUGGUCACAGGAAUUGAUGAGGUGGAUUAUGUUUGGAUUUACGAAAUGGAAGCACACGAGGAAAAAGGUUUGGUCUCCGUUAACUGCCACCAUUCUGUUCGUGCCUCCGUUCGUGCCGCGGAUAUUCUGAAGCGUGGUUUGCCGGUGGAAGUAUACAUUGACGGAGAAUAUAAGAAGGCGACGUACGGUUCGCUACGGGCUGGACGACAUACGGUCUGCGUUGGUGACCGCGAAUACAGUGUGGAAUUCACGAAGCUGAAGAUUGCGCGUGCUGAUGUUGAGAAAUGGUUGGCUGGUCAGCAGUAGCGAGUCUGCGACAUGGAUGGAAUUUACGACGCCACCGGUUCUCUGGUUUAAUUUCGCUGAUUAUCCUUUGUGAUGUAUCUUUACAUUAAAAUUUGUUGUCUAUGUUGUUGCCGUUUGGAUACACACAAAAUUUUUGUUUUUCUUUUUAUCAUAGGAAAUAGUUUUAUGUGCAGAUGGCAGAGUCAGUUUCCGAUAGAUUUAUUUAUUUGUCAGUUGUCGUUUUUUGCAUUUGUUGCAUCAGUGCUUAGUUUGAUACUAAAGAUACGUUAAAGUAAUACCUGGCAAUUCCAUAAGUGCACUCGUACUGCGCAUUACUUAUGAGAUGAAAUAUAGAUAUGACAAAAUAUGUCUAAGUGAAUGCAUAAUCGAAGAAGGUCGACCAGGACAAAUUAACGCACUUAUAUCGGUAUGUAACAAAAAUGUUUUAUAAAAAAAAAUUGGCAAGCAGGUCCUUUCUAAGUGGAUUUAUCAUUGUGAGGCGUCAUGUAUACGAAGAUCGCCCGGUAUUUUAGAUUCACUGUCCACAUUUUCUUUAGUCCCAGCUAACAGUCCGUAUUGUGCUAAAACAUCCAGGAAGAAUUC